UGCUUUAUCGUUACUCCAUAUGAAUCAUGUUAUGAAAGAAUCCUGAAGUGGAAAGCUGAUAGAGUUCCAUACUCCUCCAGGGAAUAUUUGAAAAACGUAAUCUUUGCAAUCAAAGAUGUGAGUAAUGUUCUUAAUAGUGCAGCUAAUCCUGAAAGGAUUCAAAGCGCUUUCUUCCUCACAGCAUCUUCUGUCUGGAUCCCUCGAGCAGCCUCUCAGCAGCCAAGUUUAAUCGCUGCUAUGAAAUUCGUUGCGACUUAUGUGCUGGCUGUGGUAGCAGUAGUGGCGGUGAGCAGUGUUAAGGAAAAGACUUCUUUCCGUUUUAAGCAAUACCCCGGCCAUUAUUUGCAGGGGGAUGUGGCUUUGAUCCUAAAGGGUGUGACACUUGUGCAGUGUACUGCCGCCUGUGGACCACUGCGAGUGUUCAUGUUGCAAGGUUCUUGGCCCAAUAAUAUCUGCUACAUCCUUUCUUCCUUCACAACUUUAGACAAGAACCAGUUCUACUCUGUCUACUAUGACAUGGAUAUGUAUAAAGAGAAAGGAUUCUUUCAAGAAUUUGGGCGGUCAGUAUUCACGUCAUCCUCCAACUCCCCGAGAGUGUCGUGGCUAGACGCAUACUGGAUCUGCAGGGGUAUGUGGGCGGCCUUCUUCGUGCCGCAUACGCAGAACCAGUGGGAAUGGAUGAAAAAAGUAGCGGCUGGCAAUAAUUACGAGGGUAUGUGGAUCGGCUUGCAGGAGAUGGUGGAAGACAGCAACUCAUAUAUGUGGAUUGGGGUGACAGUGAUUUUGGCGCCUGGCCCCGUGAACUUGACGCUGGAGGAUGAUAACGUGAUUUAUGAGAUGAGGAAUGACAGCGGGACUUGGGUGACAGAUGACCCUGUCGACUGCGGAGUGUUACUGCUUGGAGUAGAAGAACAGUUUGUGCGUAUCGAAGACUGCUACAAUGUCCUCCACGAAGGCUACAUGUGUGAGGCAAUCUUCUCGCCACCUGGCCCCGCACGUUAAACGAGACAACCCCAGAUAGUCGCUACAGUCUAUGUCCCUUUGCUCUUUCACCACUACUAUUUUCAAAAGUCGCAGAUUAUUAGUUAGAUUUUCAAGAGUGUUUCUCUUGUGGAUUAUGUAAAAAUGUUGUUGAUUUGUCGCAAAAAAAAAAAACUUUUUUUUCAAAAACCCGUCACUCCACUAUUGAAAGUAGUCGAGGUGCGGGCAGUGUUACAAAAUAUGAUCUAUAGCCAGAGAAGCAGUAACCUGUGCACUCGCUUCUAUUGCUUUGCCUAUUUCUCAGUUUUAAGUUGUCUGAUCCGUUAAGAAUCUACCAACUGUCAGAUUUUGUAACGGAGGCAUUGUCAGUUGAGGGGACUUAAGUCAGAUUUAUGGUAAUUCAAGAUACAGUGGAAACAACUAUAGAAGACUAUUUAACUUCUGACCAUGAAUGUACAGUGUGCGGCUCAAGGUUUUCCCUUAACUUGUGUCGGGUAACUCCUGAAUACUGCUUUACUUCACCGUUGUCUUUAUGGUUUUGAUCAUUGAUUUAUCUUCGGUAGAAGCAAGAAAAUGUCCUUUUCAAUCUUAGAAUGUAGAUCAUUAAUAUAGAUUAAAUCAAAGGUAAUGGGAAUGAAACAGAUUUUUUUGUAACACCACAAAUAAUUUUAUUCCCUUUAAUUUAAUUACCUAUACUCUUUGCUCUUCAGCCAAGUAAACCCUUAAUCCUGUAGUGGGGGGGGGGUAUCCGUAAUUUCUGUCAACUAUAAUUUUCAUUGUUAAUUCUUAUGGGACUAUACUAAAGCCUUGCCAAAAUCAGGAUAUAUUACACCAUAAUUGUUAUCAUCGCUAUCCACCAUCUCAAAUAUUGUCUUACAGUAAGAUAAAAUACUAAGUAUUCACCUAGGCUACAUAUAGCUAUAAUGGAUCCCACCAUUUUGCCCAUAACUGAUUUUCGACUAAUAGAGCAAUAAUUGUAUAUUUCGCUUUCAUCUCCUUCUUUGAAUAUCACACUACAUGUAUAUUAAUCUGUCUCCACAUUGUAGACACUACACCACUAUCCAAUGUCAUGACACUUCUCCAUGUCGAGAGGAAAGGGCUCAUCUGGUUUUUUCACAUUAUUUCACUCUGGAUAUCUUUUUUUUUUAAGUUACAUCAAUACUUUUCGA